GCUUACAUAAUAAUACUUACCCACCCUCUCCCACAAGCUUUCCUUGUAGGGUGAUCUCUGCUUUUCAGGAAAUCAAUGAACUCCCGAACCCGAUCCUCAGGCAAAAAUGAAACUCCAUCGUCUUUAUCGAAACAAUCCUCAGAAAAGACAAAGUCUGAAAAUAAAAGACCACUCAAUGUUGAGCCGCUGUCUCCGCCGAAACGGGUGAAGACCCUGGAUGCGACAAGAUGGGCAGCAUCCGGGUCCUCCUCUGGUCAUAGAGCGGCGGGAAGUUCAUCGACAGCGCGGGGGGAGCAUGAUAAAAGCCACAAUUCUUCACAUUUGCCAUCACCGGCGACACAACGUGCUGAUCCGUUUCUAAACAACUUCUUCAACCCGUCGGUGCAUGCAAAGUCCCAAUGGGAGAACCAUUCUCUUCCAAAGUCGCCGGUGCCUGCGAGUCCAGUCAAAGACGCUUGUACCACUGAAUUGGUGGCGGAUGACUCUGAUAGUGAGGAGGACGAAGAGUGGGAAGAGGUUGGGGUUGAGAAUACUUCCACCAUGGAUUUCAAUCAGUCUGUUGAAAUCAGCAACGAAAUCGCCGAUGAAGGCUUUGAAAUCUCCAUCAAAACGUCAGAGUCAAGUUCCGUAACUGGCGCUAUAACCACUAAAAAGCCCAAGUCUCGGGGAAUUCGUAAAGAGGACCGCAUUCGCCGAAUGCUAAUACAUAAAGUCCAUCUUCUAUGCCUAUUAUCUAGCGGAUUAUUUCGCAACAGAUGGUGUAAUGACGAGGAACUGCAGGCUGUAGUUGUAUCGAUUGUCCCAGAGGAUAUUUAUGCGGGAUUGACGGGACAGCAGCGCGGCACAGGGAAGGGAAAAGGGAAAGCAACUGCAAGGCAAAGACCUGGGCAUCGCGAGAAGCUUCUGACGCAUUACAUUAAACUAUUUGCUCGGUGGUGGAAAGAUCAAGUGAGAGUACAAGGCACCUCAGAUUCUCAAAUGGUCGAUGGCCCAGCCACUUUACUGGAUAUAUUUGGGGCAUACAUGGCAAAGGCUCAGGACGAUCCAACACGAUUUGUAUCAGCGGAAGUGUCUGGAUUGCUAUUCACCGCUGCAUGCCGAGCAAUGAAGCUGGAAACCCGCUUAGUUUGUUCUCUUCAUCCUAUACCACUUUCUUUAUCCAAUCAAAAGGCAACCAUAAAACCAUCGGGGCGAUCCUCCAAAAAGACUAGACAACCACGCAGACAGUCGGACCGUGGAAGCGAUUCGGAAGUCUAUGAGGGCCCAAGUUCGAGAUCAUCGUCUGUUGGUACUGCUACAGGGAACCCGAAUGGUACCACUACAGUUCUCAUACCGUAUCCGCUCCAAUGUUGGUGUGAAAUCUAUUCGCAGGUGGAUAAGGAGUGGGUGCCUGUCGAUCCGUCGCGAGGUAUUGUAAAGGACACUGAAGCUAUGGAACCCCCGGCAUCGGCUAUGAACCAGUUACAGAUAAGCUACGUCGUCGGUUAUGAGCAAGGAUUUGGCGUCAAAGACGUGACCCGCCGAUACACAUCUCAAUGGGGAGCCCGUACUGUCCGUCUCCGCCUUCCUUCCGGACAGGAAGGCGAAGGAUGGUGGGAACAGACUCUGUGGCUGUACUCAAAGAGCGACCGAAAUGAAGUGGACAAAAAUGAGGACGAGCAGCUGAAAAAAUCAGAAGUAGACGAGAAGAUGCCCACAAGUUUAGCGGGAUUCAAGGAUCAUACAUUAUAUGCGUUAGAACGGCAUUUGAAAAAGUACGAGGUCAUUCAUCCCCGUGGAAAAGCACACGCGAUUGGAAGAUUUAAGAAUGAGCUCGUCUAUCCGCGUAGUCAUGUGAAGCAGCUUCAUACCGCAGAAACAUGGCUCAAGAAAGGCCGGCGAGUCAAACCCGAUGAAGAACCUGUCAAACAUGUGAAAGCCCGCGUCGCGACCAUUACUCGUAAACGGCAGAUUGAAGCAGAGAAGCUCAAUGAUCCAGCCAGCAGAGAGGAAUUGGGCCCAGAAGGGGAUUCUUCAAUGUCGGCGGUUUUUGGCGAGUGGCAGACGGAGGAAUUCGUCGCAGAACCCUUGGUCGAUGGAAAGAUUCCAAGAAACGCCUUUGGGAACAUUGAAAUCUUUCAUCGAAAUAUGUUGCCCAUCGGUGCUGUUCAUCUACAAUUGAAUGGUGUAGGCAGACUGGCGAAGAAGCUUGGAAUCGACUAUGCCAAUGCAGUGGUCGGAUUUGAGUUCCACGCAGGACGUUCAACGCCAGUGAUUAACGGUAUUGUCGUUGCCGAAGAAUUCGAGGAAAUCCUCAUCGUGGCAUAUGAAGAGAAUCUUCAGCUCUUGCGUGAACAAGAGAUCAGAAAGCGGCAAAGACGCGUGUAUACUCGCUGGAAAAAGCUUAUUGUUUCGGUUUUGACGAAGGAGAGGUUGAUGAGAGAGUACAUGGUGGACGAGGACGGAAGUCAGGGAGACAGUGAUGAGGAAGAAGAUGGUGGAAAUGGUGCGCGCUAUUCGGAAAACACAAUAGAUGAUGGAGAGGAGGAUGACCAAUCGGACAUGGCAGGCCCGUUUGCUGACGAUGAAGUCGGUGACGGUGAUGGCAGCUUUUCUGGUGGAUCUACGCCUCAGAACGGACAGUCGCCAAGAGGCGGAUUCUUGCCAGAAAAUGAUGACUAAACUCUGUUUGUUGGAGAUGCCUUUCGGCCACGGGACUGAAGAGUUUGCAGUCAUUGAGGCUAUUUCGACACAAACAAUGGACAGUGUGUCCAGAUGGUGCUAGCCGUACAUAGAAUCAGGCUAGGAUGGAUCGUAAGGAUGAUUAGGACAGUUGCUUUUGGUGCGAUGUUUUUGGUUUCAGAAAGGUUGCAGUGGAUUUAGCGACCGUCUCACUCUCCUGUAACAAAAGAUACCGUGUGAAUUUAUGUUACUCUGGUG